AUGCUUACUCCAACACUGAAAGUGGGGGAAACAGCUGCUUACGCAAUACAUAUUUUUGUGUUAUGUGUGGUGGUCUCCCUCCAUCUUCAAGUUUGUGUCGCAUAUAAAAAGGGAGAUGAGGUUUCCUCGAUGGUUACAAAGUCGAGUUUUGUUUCUUCACUUGUCCCCCCUUCUCUUCACAACAUUGACAGCAGAAAGAUCACAAAAAAAAGCCCAAUGUUUUCUAGGUCUGCUGUUUUACUGGGACGUUCUGCUGUGGUUUCAAGACUGCAUUUGCGGGCGUUCUCGCAUCUCCCAUUGUCUGUUCCAAUCAAGUUGCCUAAUGGGUUGGAGUACGAACAACCUACCGGGUUGUUCAUAAACAACAAGUUUGUGCCCUCGUUGCAGCACAAGACCUUCGAGGUCAUCAACCCGUCCACGGAGGAGGAGAUCUGCCACGUAUACGAAGGUAGAGAGGAUGAUGUCGAAUUGGCCAUCAACCACGCGCAGAAGGCGUUUGAUAACGGGUCCUGGGCCACCAUUGACCCCUGCAAGAGAGGCCAGGCGCUUUACAAGCUGGCCGAACUCAUCGAGAAGGACAAAGAGGUCAUUGCGUCCAUCGAAUCUCUAGAUAACGGUAAAGCUAUCAGCAGUGCUCGUGGCGACGUCGACUUGGUCAUCAACUACUUCAAGUCGACCGCAGGGUACGCUGAUAAAGUGGACGGUAGACUCAUCGACACCGGCGACACCCACUUCUCGUACACAAAGAGACAACCUCUAGGUGUCUGUGGUCAGAUUAUCCCUUGGAACUUCCCUCUUUUGAUGUGGGCGUGGAAGAUCGCCCCAGCUUUGGUUACCGGUAAUACCGUUGUCUUGAAGACCGCAGAGUCCACUCCCCUAUCUGCCCUGUACGCGGCUAAAUAUAUCCCGGAAGCUGGUAUCCCUCCUGGUGUCGUUAACAUCGUCUCAGGGUUUGGUAAGAUUGUCGGUGAGGCCAUUGCCACUCACCCAAAGGUUAAGAAAAUUGCAUUCACAGGGUCUACUGCCACGGGGAUCCACAUCUACCAGGCCGCGGCAAAGUCUUUGAAGAAAGUUACUUUGGAACUAGGUGGUAAGUCUCCAAACAUCGUUUUUGCAGACGCUAACAUCAAGACUGCCGUACAAAACGUCAUUACAGGUAUCUUCUUCAACUCUGGUGAGGUUUGUUGUGCAGGGUCGAGAGUUUACGUCGAGGAGAAAUUUUAUGACACUUUUGUCGACGCAUUGAAAACUGCCAUCGAAUCUUUGAAAGUCGGUGACCCAUUCGAUGAAAAUACAUUCCAAGGUGCUCAAACCUCUCAAAUGCAACUAGACAAAAUUUUGAAGUACAUUGAAAUUGGUAAGCAAGAAGGUGCCACUUUAAUCACCGGUGGUUCUAGAGUCGGUGACAAAGGGUUCUUCGUCCAACCAACAGUCUUCGGUAACGUCAGAGAGAACAUGCAAGUCGUCAAGGAGGAGAUUUUCGGACCUGUCGUCACCAUCUCCAAGUUCAAGACUUUAGAUGAGGUUGUCAGCAUGGCAAACGAUUCCGAAUACGGGCUGGCAGCUGGUAUCCACACCACCAACAUUAACAAUGCCAUUAAGCUAGCGGAUAGAAUCAACGCUGGUACAAUCUGGGUCAACACAUACAACGACUUCCACCACCAAGUGCCAUUCGGUGGUUUCAACGCUUCGGGUCUAGGUAGAGAGAUGGGUGCAGAGGCUUUGACGAACUACACACAAUGCAAAGCUGUCCGUGUCAAGCUGGAGUGA